AUGCCGUGCGAGGAGGCGCCGCUAAGCUCAACACCGGCUUCCAUAUUCCCUCUAGUGGGACUGGGAACCUACAAAGUCACUGGAGCUCAGGUGAAACCAGCUGUCGAUGCGGCAUUAGGCUGCGGCUAUCGUAUGUUUGACACCGCCAAGUACUAUGUGAAUGAACCCGAAUUGGGAGCUGCACUAGCGGAGCUGCUUCCAAAACAUGGCUUAUCUCGCUCUGAUAUCUUCCUUACCACAAAGUUCUUCCCUGAUCGCGAUGAUCCAUGCAGCGACUGCCAGCGCUCUUGCUAUACGAUCGCGACAUGGUCCUUAUUCACUAUCCAAAAGCUCAGGGAAUGUGAUGAGCAAGACGAAAAAAAUCCACUCCAUCGGAAGCUCACCUACAUAGAGCUUGAGAAUUUGAAAGAUGAAGGUAAAAUUCGAUCUGUUGGAGUAUCAAAUUACGAGUCUCGACAUAUAGAAGAGAUCAAAAGUUAUGGAAAGCUCGAAGACUUGAGUUUUCAGAUGAUGCCGUGCGCCAACCAAGUGGAAUAUCAUCCUCAUUUCACCCGAGAUGAACUGAAGGAGUAUUGUAAAAAAGAGGGCGUUUUCUUCCAGGCGUUCUCAUCUCUCGCUCGACAUGAACCAGCACUCGUAAACGAUCCGGUGGUUGUGGAUCUGGCAAAAAAGCAUAAUACUGCAGUUCCGAUAGUUCUGUUAUCGUUCGCGCUCAGCCAAGGUGUAGGAAUCGUACCCAAGUCUACGAAUCCUCAACGGAUAAAGGACAACCUGGAGGUGACGAACUUCCAGUUGAAUGAGGACGAGAUUGAAUCACUGCAUAAACUUGAUCGCAAUCAGCACUAUAUUCGAUGCUACGGGUGGCGUGUGCUUUGA